UGCCAAGAGCUAUAAAAAAAAAAAAACAAAGCUUCAUCAAAACGACUUGAGUUGGAGCUCCGAUAGUCGAAACGACAUUGUAGCAUGGCAGGGUCAACGCCAUCCGGCGGUGGGAUCAGUCGAAUCGUCUGAAAAUCCUGUUGGCAAAAAGCCAGGACCGGUGACCGGCGCUCCAAUGGUGGGUAAAUAUGAGCGCGGUGGCAGUGGAAAUGGCAGUGGGGAUGAGUAUACGGCGUCGCUUCGGUCUCAUCUCCCUUCUAUUGGAUCCCUCUUCCUUCUAUUGCAUCGGCUUGGUCACGGAAUCAAUACUUAAUGGUAAUCGAUUACCAUAUUUUUUAUUUUGGCUGAAAUCGAUUUGGUAAUUAAUAAAUGUAUAUGCAUUUGAAUUGAUUUUCCAUACUUUCCUCGUCGAUCUUUUGGGAUUCCAUAUAUCCCAAAAUAUACUUUUAUUUUUUAUUUUUUAUCAACAUCCCACAUAUACUUUCCUUAACUUUUUUGGUUUGGGAUUCUUUCCUUAUUCCUUGGAAUCGUGGGCCUCGACGAGAAGGCCCUUGAUUGGACUUAUGAAUGCCUAUAAAUACUCUCCUCCUCUACCAAAUCCUCCAAAAUACGGAAAGUCUGGAAUUCCAAGACAAUGGAAAAGAGCGAGAGCGAUAACAGUAUGGACGAAAAUUCACAGAAGAUCGACAACACUGGCUACGAGUCAAUGACUCUGUUAUUCAAGAAGCAUGGUCUCUGCAAAGAAGAGAAUCUGAACCAAGUCUGGAAGAAAGAGGUCGAAACAGUCUUUGAAUCUCAUGGCCUUUCAUGCGAAUUGAACUGGGAUGAGUGUAAGAUGACUGUUAGUGCAACAGAACGUACCCUGGACCGAAGGAUCAUUUACAGGGGUGCACGUGCUCUCUUUGUUCUGGCAUGUGGUCUUGGCACUGAAUGGGUUGAACCAAUCGUCUCCGGCAGUGUCCAUAGUGAUGUUAUGAAAAUUAAAAUACCAGAUGGCAUGACUGAGGAUGAUUUUUCAAGCAAGUAUCAUGAUUUCAUAUUCAAAUUUGAAGACAAAUUUGUACUACCUCGAAAGCUGUCCUGCUUUGUUCUUUAUCAUGAAGCAGCUGUUGUUGUUCUUUCCGAUAAAGCCGGGUCAACAAGUAUAGUGAGGAAUCUUGUGACUAGUUGUCUUCUUGGCGAUGAUCCUUUUGAUGAAGACCAUUUUCAUGAAUUGUUCCUUGAUGAUGUUUAAAGCUCCGAAUAGAUGAAGAUUAGACAAGAUCAGAUUAUGUGUUAUGCAGCUCCAGCAGACUUGCUCUCUGGUGACUUAAACUGCACUUUAUGAACCGUCUAGUUUGCUGCUUUCUCUGUUUUGGGUGGAAAACAUUUUACUGAUUUUAGCUUAUGCUUUAUGUAUGUGUUGAUGUGGUUGCUUUCUCUCAUUCCAUGAUAA